CGCGGUGAGCCCAAACUAAAUGUUGAGCUGCGUGAACAUCGGGGGGCCGUCUGUAAGCAGAGUUGUCUGUGCCAGCCCAUUGAUAGCCGGCCGUCGACCUCCGAUUGCCUCAGCUCUGAAAUUGAAUUCCGACCAAAUUCAACCAGAACGACAAACACAAAGCGCCCUCCACUCUACUGAUCGGAGCAAUUUUCCAGUCGCGACAGAGAUGGAACCUCCGAUCGAACAACAGCAAUCAGGGAACUCCUCCUUGGGCGGUGGUUUUCUCGCCAAGAAACCCUACGAGCCUCCCUUCUGGGCCUCCCAUCUCAACCCUAUUCCUUCUCACGUCUUCUCUUUCGGACAUUUUCCUACUCCAAUUCACAGAUGGAACCUCCCUAAUUUGCCGAGGAAUACUCAAGUUUGGCUGAAGCGUGAUGACCUUUCAGGAAUGCAAUUGAGUAGUAACAAGGUCAGGAAGCUGGAAUUCUUGUUGGCAGAUGCCGUGGCACAGGGGUCUGAUUGCAUUAUAACAAUAGGAGGCAUUCAAAGCAAUCAUUGUCGUGCAACUGCUGUUGCUGCCAAGUACUUGAAUCUAGAUUGUUACCUAAUACUAUUCACCUCGAAGAUUCUUGUGGAUAAAGAUCCUGGACUGACAGGGAGUCUCUUAGUUGAGCGUUUAGUUGGAGCACAUAUUGGUCUUGUUUCAGUGGAAGAAUAUGUAAACGUUGGGAGCUUGUCUCUUACUAGUUUGCUAAAAGAAAAGUUGCUAAGGGAAGGGAGAAAGCCAUAUGUCAUUCCAGUCGGAGGAUCAAAUUCCCUUGGAACCUGGGGCUAUAUAGAAGCAGUUAGGGAGAUAGAGCAUCAGGUCCAAGUUGUGAAUAGCAAAGAACGCUUUGAUGAUGUUGUUGUAGCAUGUGGCAGUGGGGGAACAAUUGCUGGUUUGGCGAUUGGAUCAUGGCUGAGUAACCUGAAGGCAAAAGUUCAUGCAUUUUCUAUAUGUUACGAUCCCGAUUACUUCUACGAGUAUGUUCAAGGUUUACUUGAUGGACUCCAGGCAGGUGUUAGCUCGCGUGAUAUAAUUAACAUUCAAAACGCCAAGGGCCUUGGUUAUGCAAUGAGCACCUCUGAGGAACUUAAAUUCAUCAAGGUAGUCGCUGAAGCCACUGGAGUUGUUCUUGACCCUGUUUACAGUGGAAAAGCUGCAUAUGCAAUGGUGAAAGACAUGGCCGAGUAUCCAAGCAAGUGGGAGGGAAGGAAGAUCCUUUUCAUACACACUGGUGGUCUUCUGGGCUUGUUCGACAAGACUGACCAGUUAUUGCCACUGGUAGGAAGCUGGGGCAAAAUGGAAAUCCACGAAUCCAUCCCACGGAACGACGGCACUGGGAAAAUGUUCUAAGGCAUGUGCAAGUAGCAGCGGUUGCAGCUUUUCAAUGAAAUCAGGGGGAUGUGAUAUGAAUGUUCCAGAAGGAAUUUUCUGAUGAUGAAAACCAACUUUUUAUUUGGGACAGUUGAUUCAAUGAGUGGCUUCUUUUUGGUUAACUGAAACGCCACGACCUCGAAUUGUAAAAUAUUAUUCUUGUAAAAAAAAAAAGAGAAAUACCAUUCAACUCUCUUAA